AUGUCGCGGCCCAGCAGCGUGUCCCCCCGGCCGCCCAGCAGCGCCCUGUCCGGCGGGGGUCCGGCCUCAGCCUCCGGCUCGGGCAGCAGCCGGGCCAGGGGGCUGAAGGACAUCCGCAUCGACGAGGAGGUGAAGAUCGCGGUGAACAUCGCCCUGGAGCGGUUCCGCUACGGGGACCAGAGAGAAAUGGAAUUUCCUUCUUCUUUGACUAGUACUGAAAGAGCAUUUAUUCACCGACUGAGUCAGUCUCUUGGUCUGAUUUCUAAAAGUAAAGGAAAAGGAGCAAACAGAUAUUUAACCAUAAAGAAGAAAGAUGGUUCAGAAUUGGCUCAUACAGUAAUGGCCUGUAGUUUGACCCCCAAUACAAAACAUGCUAUUAGGAGCCUAAUUCAGAGAUUUCCUGUGACCAAUAAAGAACGCACUGAACUUCUACCAAAAACAGAACGAGGAAAUGUGUUUGCUGUUGAAGCUGAGAACAGAGAAAUGAGUAAGACAAGUGGGCGACUUAACAAUGGCAUCCCUCAGAUUCCUGUGAAAAGGGGGGAAUCUGAAUUUGAUUCCUUCAGGCAAUCUCUACCAGUUUUUGAAAAACAGGAAGAAAUUGUCAGAAUUAUUAAAGAAAAUAAAGUUGUUCUGAUUGUGGGAGAAACUGGAUCAGGAAAAACUACUCAGAUUCCUCAAUUCCUUCUUGAUGACUGUUACAAAAAUGGAAUUCCAUGUCGCAUAUUUUGCACUCAGCCAAGACGUUUGGCAGCUAUUGCUGUGGCUGAAAGGGUUGCCGCAGAAAGAAGAGAAAAGAUUGGCCAGACAAUUGGCUAUCAGAUCCGAUUAGAAAGCAGGGUUUCUCCAAAGACGCUGCUAACAUUUUGCACUAAUGGUGUGUUACUUCGUACGCUAAUGGCUGGAGACAGCACGCUAUCGACCGUGACACAUGUUAUUGUGGAUGAAGUACAUGAGAGGGAUCGAUUCAGUGACUUCUUGCUAACAAAGUUAAGAGACAUAUUGCAAAAACAGACAACUUUGAAACUGAUUCUUUCUAGUGCUGCCCUGGAUGUAAAUCUCUUUAUCAGAUAUUUUGGAAGCUGCCCAGUGAUACACAUUCAAGGAAGACCAUAUGACGUUAAGGAGAUGUUUCUGGAAGAUACCUUACGAAGUACAGGAUAUACAAAUAAAGAGAUGGUAAAAUACAAAAAAGAAAAACAGCGAGAGGAGAAACAGCAAACCACCCUUACAGAAUGGUAUUCUGCUCAAGACAACACUAGCAAACCAGAAUCUCAAAGACAGAGAUCUGUCCCAAGUGUGUCUGAAGAGUAUGACUUGUUGGAUGAUGGUGGUGACACAGUGUUCAGUCAAUUGACUGAAAAAGAUGUGAAUUGCCUUGAACCGUGGUUAAUAAAAGAAAUGGAUUCUUGUCUCUCCGAUAUAUGGUUGCAUAAAGAUGUUGAUGCCUUUGCUCAGGUGUUUCACCUUAUCUUAACUGAAAAUGUCAGUGUUGAUUACAGACACAGUGAAACCAGUGCAACUGCACUAAUGAUUGCUUCAGGGAGAGGUUUCUUAAGUCAGGUAGAACAGCUGAUUGGAAUGGGAGCAAAUGUCCACAGCAAAUCAUCCAAUGGCUGGAUGGCUUUGGAUUGGGCUAAACAUUUUGGACAGACUGAGAUUGUAGAUCUUCUGGAAUCUUACAGUGCUUCAUUAGAGUUUGGAAAUCUGGAUGAAAGUUCUCUAGUGCAGGCAAAUGGUGGUGAUCUUAGUACAGAAGACAGAGAACUAUUGAAAGCUUAUCAUCACAGUUUUGAUGAUGAAAAAGUGGAUCUGGAUCUGAUAAUGCACCUACUUUACAACAUCUGUCAUAGUUGUGAUGCUGGAGCAGUUUUAAUUUUUCUUCCUGGAUAUGAUGAGAUAGUUGGCUUGAGGGAUCGCAUUCUGUUUGAUGACAAGAGGUUUGCUGAUAAUGCUCACAGAUAUCAAGUUUUUAUGCUGCAUUCAAAUAUGCAAACAUCAGAUCAGAAGAAGGUGCUAAAAACUACACCUCCGGGCAUUCGCAAAAUAAUUCUUUCUACUAAUAUUGCAGAAACCAGCAUCACAGUCAAUGAUGUUGUCUUUGUUAUUGACUCUGGCAAGAUGAAAGAGAAGUCCUUUGAUGCGCUGAACUGUGUUACCAUGCUAAAAAUGGUGUGGAUUUCAAAAGCCAGUGCCAUCCAGAGAAAAGGCAGGGCUGGACGCUGUCGGCCUGGAAUCUGUUUCCGACUCUUCAGCAGGCUCCGAUUUCAGAAUAUGUUGGAAUUUCAGACUCCAGAACUUCUAAGAAUGCCACUACAGGAACUUUGUUUGCACACAAAGCUGCUAGCACCAAUUAACUGUCCAAUUGCAGACUUUUUGAUGAAAGCCCCAGAUCCUCCACCAGCCUUAAUUGUGAGAAAUGCUGUUCAGAUGCUUAAGACAAUAGAUGCCAUGGAUACCUGGGAAGAUCUCACGGAACUUGGUUAUCAUCUGGCUGACUUACCUGUAGAGCCACACCUUGGUAAAAUGGUGUUGUGUGCUGUUGUUUUGAAGUGCCUGGAUCCUAUUCUUACCAUUGCUUGCACUCUUGCAUAUCGAGACCCUUUUGUCCUACCUACACAGGCCUCACAAAAACGUGCAGCCAUGCUGUGUAGAAAACGUUUUACUGCAGGAACAUUUAGUGACCAUAUGGCGCUUCUCAGGGCAUUCCAGGCAUGGCAGAAGGCACGAAGUGAUGGUUGGGAGAGAGCCUUCUGUGAGAAGAAUUUUCUCUCUCAAGCUACUAUGGAAAUCAUCAUAGGAAUGAGAACACAGUUGCUUGGUCAGCUCAGAGCAUCAGGUUUUGUUAGAGCCAGAGGUGGAGGCGAUAUUCGAGAUGUUAACACCAAUUCUGAAAAUUGGGCUGUAGUGAAAGGUGCUUUAGUGGCUGGGAUGUAUCCAAAUCUAGUGCAUGUGGAUAGAGAAAACCUUGUAUUGACUGGCCCGAAGGAGAAGAGAGUGCGAUUUCAUCCUACCUCUGUUCUUAGCCAGCCUCAGUAUAAAAAGAUUCCUCCAGCAAAUGGUCAAGCUGCAGCAAUUCAAGCACUCCCCACAGACUGGCUUAUGUAUGAUGAAAUGACUAGAGCACACAGGAUAGCCAACAUCAGAUGCUGUUCAUCUGUGACGCCUGUCACUGUGUCCCUCUUCUGUGGUCCAGCUCGGUUGCCAAGUAAUGCUUUACAGGAGCCCUCCUCCUUUAGAGUGGAUGGUGUUCCUAAUGAUAGUAGUGAUAGCGAGAUAGAAGACAGAACAACUGCUAAUCUGGCUGCGUUGAAGCUAGAUGAAUGGCUACAUUUCAAACUGGAUCCUGAGGCUGCCAGUCUGCUGCUGCAACUCAGACAGAAAUGGCAUAGUUUAUUUCUGCGCCGCAUGCGAGCACCUUCUAAACCUUGGUCUCAAGUUGAUGAAGCAACUAUAAGAGCAAUCAUAGCUGUUUUAAGUACUGAAGAGCAGUCUGCAGGCUUACAGCAACCUUCAGGAAUUGGGCAAAGACCAAGACCUAUGUCUUCUGAAGAACUUCCCUUAGCAUCUUCUUGGAGAUCAAAUAGCAGUAGAAAAAGCUCAGCAGAAACAGAAUUCUCUGAUGACUCUUCUAAUGCUGAAAAAGUCCUAAUGAAAUCUACAUCUCCAGCAUUUCACCCGCCACAGAAAUACAAAGAAAGAGGUAUUUUGCAUUCUAAACGAAGUUCAGAUGACAGGUCAGAUCAGUCAUCUGUGAAAUCCACAGACAGUAGUAGUUAUCCCAGCCCAUGUGCCAGUCCUUCUCCUCCAUCAUCUGGAAAGGGAUCCAAGUCUCCUUCACCCAGACCAAAUAUGCCAAUUCGGUACUUCAUUAUGAAGAGCAGCAACUUGAGAAACCUUGAUAUUUCUCAACAAAAAGGUAUCUGGUCUACAACUCCAAGUAAUGAGAGAAAACUAAAUAGAGCCUUUUGGGAAAGCAGCAUGGUUUACUUGGUAUUUUCAGUUCAAGGAUCAGGACAUUUUCAGGGUUUUGCUAGAAUGUCUUCAGAGAUAGGACGUGAGAAAAGUCAGGACUGGGGCUCUACAGGCUUGGGAGGAGUGUUUAAGGUGGAGUGGAUCCGGAAAGAAAGUCUUCCCUUUCAGUUUGCACACCACUUACUCAACCCUUGGAAUGAUAAUAAGAAAGUACAAAUAAGCAGAGAUGGCCAGGAAUUGGAACCACAGGUUGGAGAACAGUUGCUACAGCUUUGGGAUCGUAUUCCUUUAGGAGAGAAAAACACAACUGAUUGACAGUAUACAGUAACACACUUGAGUUCUGGCUGCUGAGACACAUCUGUUGUAUAACC